AUGGUUGUGGUGUUGACGCAGAUAGAGAAGGAUCCAUUUCACCCCGAACAAGCCUACUCUGUCCACAGCUUCUGCAGGGACUGGUGGCUGCUGGCGGCUUUCCAUCCCUCCUGCGAAAGAUCUGGAGGCGCGCCAGACCCGCGGAGGCUGGGAGUCUGGAGUGAGCAAAACACUCCAGGCCGGGCGGGCGGGUGGAAGAGGCCCCCCAAAAGUCGCGUCAAGCUGGCGGGGAGCCCCGAGGAGGAGGAGGAGGCCGAAGAGAUGGUGCAAAUCCGCCUGGAGGAGCGCUGCUUCCUCCCGGUGAGCAAGAAGAAGCUGCUGGAGCAGAGCGACUACUUCCGCGCGCUCUACCGGUCGGGCAUGCUCGAGGCGCGGCGCGCGCACAGCGAAGGCCCCGACGUGCAGCAGUUGCGCGGCCUGAGCGCGCCGGGCCUGCGCCUGGUGCUGGACUUCAUCACCGCGGGGGACCUGCUCUGCACGCCCGGGGCUCCCUGUGGCGAUGCCAACGACGACGGGCUAGAUGAAGAAGGGCUCCUGGCGGCUCUGGUGGAGGCCGCCUCUUUCCUCCAGGUCACCUCGCUGCUGCGGCGCCUGCUGUCCCAUGUGCAACUGCCCAACUGCCUGCAGCUCCACCGCCUGGCGCAGGUGUACGGGCUGCCCGACCUGCAGCGUGGCUGCCUGCGCUUCAUGGCCGGCCACUUGCACCAAGUGCUGCGCCUGCCCCACUUCCAGCUGCUGCACGCAGGGUCCGAGUUUGGAGACGCCUGCCUGCAGAAGCAGACGCUGCUGGAGGCCCGACUGACGGGCGCCACGCCGGUGCUCUUGGCGCUGGGUGACUUCUGCCUGGGAGGGCCCCCCUCCAUGCUCAGGUACGAGGAGAGGACGGAGCGCUGGUGCCCGCUGGCUUGUAGCAGCCUGCCCCCCGACCUGGUGAACGUGCGGGGCUACGGGGCAGCCGUCCUGGACAACUAUCUCUUCGUCGUGGGCGGCUACCGGCUCACCAGCCAGGAGAUCGCAGCCGCGCAUUGCUACAACCCUUGCACCAACGAAUGGCUGCAGGUCGCUUCUAUGAACCAGAAGAGGUCUAACUUCAAACUGGUAGCUGCGACUGCCAAGCUCUACGCCAUCGGCGGACAGGCCGUGUCCAACGUGGAAUGCUACAGCCCCGAGCAGGAUUCCUGGAGCUUCGUGGCCCCCCUGCCCACCCCCCUAGUGGAGUUCUCUGCCUGCGAGUGUCAGGGAAAGAUCUAUGUGGUGGGAGGCUACACCACUCGGGACCGCAACAUGCACAUCCUGCAGUACUGCCCUGCCUCGACCUUAUGGAUGCCAUUUGCCACGUGCAAGGUUCACAUCCGCAAGCAGCAGAUGGUGUCGGUGGAGGAGACCAUCUACAUCGUGGGUGGCUGCCUUCACGAGCUGGGGUCCACCCGCCGCAGCAGCCAGAGUGAGGACACGCUGGCCGUGCAGUCCUACAACACCAUUACCCACCAGUGGCAGUACCUCAAGGAGAACACGUCCAAGUCAGGCCUGAACCUGACGUGUGCACUGCACAAUGAUGGGAUCUACAUCAUGAGCCGCGACUAUGGAGCCGCCACCAGCAUGGAGCACCGUGUCUUCCUCAAGUACAACAUUUUCUCUGACAGCUGGGAGGUCUUCCGCCGCUUCCCUACCUUCGGACACAAUCUGCUCAUGUCCUCGCUCUACCUGCCUGUGCAGGCUGACUCCUGAG